GAGUCACGAAGCGGGGCGCUGACGUGACAGGGGAGCUGCCCCCCAGAGCAGAAUGGAUGCCCCCAGAAGGGACAUGGAGCUGCUCAGCAACAGCCUGGCGGCCUACGCACACAUCCGCGCUAACCCCGAGAGCUUUGGCCUCUACUUCGUGCUGGGCGUCUGCUUUGGCCUGCUGCUGACCCUGUGCCUACUAGUCAUCAGCAUCUCCUGCGCGCCCCGCCCGCGGCCCCGGGGCCCCGCUCCGCGCCGCGACCCCCGCAGCAGCACCCUGGAGCCUGAGGACGACGACGACGACGAGGAGGACACGGUGACGCGGCUGGGCCCCGACGACACGCUGCCGGGCCCCGAGCUGUCCGCGGAGCCCGACGGGCCCCUCAGCGUCAACGUCUUCACGUCGGCCGAGGAGCUGGAGCGGGCGCAGCGGCUGGAGGAGCGCGAGCGGAUCCUGCGGGAGAUCUGGCGCACCGGGCAGCCGGACCUGCUGGGCACCGGCACGCUGGGGCCCAGCCCCACGGCCACGGGCACGCUGGGCCGCAUGCACUAUUACUGACCCGCCCCGGCUCCCGCUGCAAGGCGCUCUGGGUACGGGACAUGCCGCUGAGCCCAGAGCUGCCCCAGGACCUCCGGAGAGCCUACCCGCACGGCUCCCCUGGUGCUAUUGGGCAUGGACCGCCAUUCUCUGGGAGGGACCCUUCCGCAGUCCUGCCAGAAGGCCACGGGGGUGGGAAAGGGCAGGAUGCAGGGUCCCCACCCCCUCUCUGGGGGACGAUGAAGAGGUGAAGUGACCAAUGAAAGCUGCAUUCUCAGAGA